AAAUGUAAACGUAGUGGAUGUGGUUAGAUAUUCAUCUUGGCCACUUUGUAGUCAAUAUUUAUCAGCAAAAAUCAGAUGUUUUUAGCCACAUCUUUCAAUAAAAUAAAUCUUCUUUUUUACUCCAUCAAGCGUAGUUACUCUCAUAUUAAUAAAAUGGAUAACAACAGUAUGAUAAAAUUAGUGCAAUCAUGCAUUCCUCCUUUAGAUGGUAAUAGCCAUAAAGGUCAAGCUGGUAGGAUAGGAGUUAUUGGAGGUUCAAUGGAAUAUACUGGUGCUCCAUUUUUCGCUGGUAUUAGUGCUUUAAAAGUUGGAGCAGAUAUAGCGCAUAUAUUCUGCACUUCCCCUGCAGCCACAGUUAUUAAGUCAUACAGUCCUGAAUUAAUAGUUCAUCCUCUGUUAGACCAACCAAAUGCUGUGAAUGAGAUAUCACCUUGGUUGGAUAGGUUACAUGCCAUAGUAGUUGGACCAGGCCUAGGCCGAGAAACCAAAACAUUUGAAAUAGUUUCAGAAUUAAUUGAAACAAUUAAGAGAAAAAACAUACCACUCAUUGUGGAUGCUGAUGCUUUAUUUUUAAUCACACAUAAUUUGGAAUUGCUCAAAGAUUUUCAAUCACCAGUAAUAUUAACUCCAAACAAAGUUGAAUUUGAGAGGCUGUGUGACAAAGUUAAUGGUCAAUCAGGCCUAAAUAAACUGGGAAAAAACAUUAUAGUCUUAAAAAAAGGGAGUAUGGAUGAAGUAUAUUGUGCCAUUAGUAAUGCUCAGUGGAAAUCAAAUGUUGGUGGAUCUGGUCGCAGAUGUGGAGGCCAAGGAGAUAUACUUUCGGGAUCUAUUGCUAUCUUCUUACAUUGGACAUUGAGCAAUGUUGAUAAACUGAACCUUACAUAUUCAAUGGAUAGAACUAUUAUUGCAGCAUCACUGUCAUGCUUUGCUGCUUCUUUACUGGUAAGAACGUGUAAUGAAAAAGCAUUCAAAAUUAAAGGCAGAAGCAUGUUAGCCACUGAUAUGAUUGAAUAUAUACAUAUAAGUUUUCAAGAAUUGUAUGGCCAGUAAUAAAUAAUAUUGCUUUUUUGGAAGAUCAAUUUCCCUUAUAUGAUGGGGUUAACUGUGAGCUGUUUUCCUAUUUCAAGGGUAAUUUUGCAUUAAUACGAGUAUAUAGAUCGACGACAUAAGAGAAUAAAAAUAACACUGGUUAUUAACAUAUAACUCAUAACUAUCAUAUAAUCAUUAAUAUUUUUUCAAGAAAGCAAUGCUAUAGAUACCAUAGAGAAUUUCCUGUUUUGUUAAAAAAUAUUAACAGCAAAAAAAUCAUCAUUAAUCAUUUUUAAACUGGGUACUAUUAUUACUAGCCCAGCAGUGUGGACAAUGAUGGCAAAUUGAGAGAACUCUCCUGUGGCACAGUGAACCCAAAUAAAAAAUACAACCAAAUUUUGAUUUUUGUUCAUUGCACACCUAAGAGCAAAAGCAAAAGGAAUUACUUUAAAAUUAGUUAAAAAUUACAUUGAAAAUUAAAUUUUUAAAUUUUACCCAUUAAAUUUGUUUCAUGUGAAAUAUUUUAAUUUCUUAUGAAAAAGAAUAUGUAAUACUAGGUAAUAUAGUAACAGCCUAAUUUUCCAAUGCUGGACUGAUAUGGAGCAAUUAUAUUAUUAAAUACCAGCUUGGAAGAGACUAACAUAGUUGAUGUUUUAAAUGCAAUAUCGGUAGGUAACUAAGUUUUAUUAUAAGCAAUACUGCUCUAUGGUUUAAAAAUAGUGAAAAUAGUUUGAUUGUGUUAAAUUUCUCUGAUCAAUUGUGUAAAAAUUUGUUUCACUUUAAUGCAAAUUUUAUAAAAUUGUCACAAGAUUAAUUUCAGUUGAAAUAUGACACUAAAUUAAUAUUAUGAGAGAAAUAUAUGGAGGACGGUAUUUUAAUUUUAAUCAGCAGAAUGUAUUGCUAAAAAUACUCACUUUGGCGUCUAGAAUAGGAUCAUCAAAGAAACCUUCUGGUAUUGGUUGAUCAUUGCUUGUUUGAACUUUUGAGUCUGCCUCCAUUUCUUUAUUUUCUGAUGGAACUUCUGCUUCUUGUGUGCCUUAAAAAUAUUAUUUGUUUGAUUUAAAAGUAAAUUAAAAUCUCAAAUGAUUGGGUGUUUUUCAUUCAUCUGAUUGAUACAUAAAUAACCUAAAUUUAUACAAAAUAACUUAAAUUUAACAAAACAAGUGGUACUUCGAUAGUCAAUCCUCCUGCCAAAAGUGACGAUUUAGACAAAUCUAUAUUGCUAUGGGAAAGGAUCUUCAGCUAUGAACUGAAAAUAUAGGUCAAACAAGAAAAACAGCCUAUUGGGCUAAUUGAUUGCUCUACUGAUCAGAUAUCAAGAAACACCCAUAUAAUUAGUUAUCAGUUAUUAUUUGAUGUUUGCAUUGCAAAUAUAUAAAUAUUAAGGAACUAAUUAAAAAGUUAAUAUACAUAUAAGCUUAGAAAAUUUUUGUACGUCUAUGUAAUAAAGUUAAAAGAGUAGAAAGAAAAAAGCAAAAAAGGACAGAAUAGAGUGAUAAACGACUAUCUAAUAAUUUUCAUGAAAAUAUUUUGGAAACUCGUCAGAAUUGCUAGGGGAAAGGUAGAACAGCCUAGAUUGAAUGCUGUGUGAGACGAGAAUGGAAUAUGGAAACAACUUUGAAAGUGUGUUUAAAUAUGAGGAGAAAUCUCAUAGAUAUGAGAAGUACAUAAACCAAAAACCACGAAAGAAACCGAAUAAGAAUAAAUAGGUAGGUAGCUAGAUAAGUGAGGAUGAAAUAAUGAAAACAGAUAACGAAGCUUGGCGUGAUAGUGUCAUUAAGUGCCGAAGGCUCUGGAUGGAAUAGUGGCAAGCUUGCUGUACACAUUCUUUAAUUUAUGCUUUUUUGGUGCAAAACACAAACGUCAGGACUGUAAAAACCAUCGUAGAAAAUGCCUGCUUAACGUUCUCGGAAAACUCUAAAGGUUUUGUAUGAAAGGGUUAUGAAUAAAACGCAUUAUCAUGGAAGUUUUUGGCCAAAAUCAAAAAGUUUUCUGUGCAUUUUUAGACUGGGAAUAGAUAAUUUGCAAGCAUCUAUGUUUCCAUCACAUUAAAAUGACUAAAUAAACUUUUGUU